AUGGCCGACCCAAUGCCGGACAAGGAACGCCGGGCCUCGUCGGUGGCCGUGGCCGAGGGGCUGGCCAGCAACGAAGACGCGGCCGUGUUGGCAAGCCUGGGCUACAAGCAGGAGCUGCGGCGCAACUUCACGCUCAUCGAGGUGUUCGGCAUUGCCUUUUCCAUCAUGGGGCUGCUGCCGUCGAUUGCCAGCACGCUGGCGUACAGCAUCCCGGCGGGGCCGGCCGGGCUGGUGUGGGGCUGGUUCCUGGCGUCCAUGUUCAUCUUUGUGGUCGGGCUGGCCAUGGCCGACCUGGGCAGCGCCAUGCCGACGUCGGGCGGGCUGUACUGGUGGACGCACUACUUUGCGUCGCCGUCGACGCGCAACGCGCUCAGCUUCCUGGUCGGGUACAGCAACACGCUGGGGCUGGUGGGCGGGCUGUGCUCCAUCGACUACGGCUUCUCGCUGAUGCUGCUGUCGGUCGUGGUCAUCGCGCGCGACGGCAACUGGCAGCCGUCCAACGGCGUCAUCUACGCCGUCUUCCUGGGCUGCGUGCUGUGCCACGGCGUGCUGGCGUCGACGCUGUCCAAGAUCAUGGGCAAGCUGCAGACCGUCUUCGUCGCCGCCAACUUCGUGCUGAUCCUGGCCACCAUCAUCGCCCUGCCCAUCGGCCGCGCCGGCCAGCGCAACGACGCCCACUACAUCUUCGCCGAGACGGCCAACCUGACGACGUGGCCGACGGGCUGGGCCUUCAUGCUGGCCUGGCUGUCGCCCAUCUGGACCAUCGGCGCCUUCGACUCGUGCGUGCACAUGAGCGAGGAGGCGGCCAACGCGACCAAGGCGGUGCCCUACGGCAUCCUCAUGUCCAUCGGCAGCUGCUGGCUGUUCGGCUGGGUCAUCUGCAUCGUGCUGGCCGCCUGCAUGAGCCCGGACCUGGACUCGCUGGUCAACUCGCCCUUUGGCCAGCCCAUGGCGCAGAUCUACUACGACGCGCUGGGCAAGAAGGGCGCGCUGGGCUUCAUGACGCUCAUGUUCGUGGUGCAGUUCCUCAUGGGCCUGUCCAUCACCGUGGCCGCGUCGCGCCAGUCGUGGGCGUUUUCGCGCGACGGCGCCCUGCCCUUCUCGGCCUUCUUCCGCCCUAUCAGCAAGAAGUUUGGCUACAUCCCGCUGCGCGCCGUCUGGGGCUGUGUCUUCCUGGCCGCGCUGCUGGGCCUGCUCACCCUCAUCGGCGCCGCCGCCGCCUCGGCCGUCUUCUCGCUGGCCGUGGCGGCCAACAACCUCGCGUGGGGCACCCCCAUCUUCUGCCGCCUGGUGUGGGGCCAGAAGAAGUUCAAGCCCGGGCCCUUCUACACCGGCCGCCUGAGCGCGCCGCUGGGCUGGCUGGCCAUUGUGUUCCUGGUCUUUGGCAUCUUCCUGUCCAUGUUCCCCACCGGCGGCCCCAACCCGACCUCGGACGAGAUGAACUACACGGUCGUGGUGAACAGCAUCGUCUGGCUGGGCAGUCUGGCCUACUAUUUCCUCGACGCGCGCAAGUGGUUCACCGGCCCGAAGAUGACGCUCGACGCGGAUGCGCUGUCGGAGACGCAGCAGGAGGCGCUGAGGGAGGAGGGGCUGGAGGUCGAAGGCGUUGAGGCCGGGAGCAACAAGGCCGGGGAUGAGGAGAGCGGUCCCACCCAGCAUCAAGACUGA